CUUAAUAUACCGACCCGAGGAUAUAAAAGGGCAGCUAAAAGUAAAUCCACCUUUCAGUUGUACUCUUUGUCGGUGAUACUAGAAAUCUUGAAUCCCUCUUCAAAUUUCAUAAACUCUGAUCAAACUUUACGUUUCCAUUUUAAAAAUGGCGUUACUAAAGGUAACUUUCGCCCUCGGUCUCAUUCUUGCCGUCUGCCUUGGGAACACUUUUGCCAAAAAGGACCAUCAUCAUUAUGAGAUGAAGAAGAGGAGCACCGAAUCCAGUGGUCUGAAUCAGGACAAGGCGUCUCAAUCGGUACCUGACUGGAAACCUGCAUCCGGUCCACGAGAAUUUACGGUCAACGUUGACGAUAAUAUUCAAGGCGCCAAUCAACAUCGUCACGAGAAGUGGAACAAUGGGACCGUCACCGGAUCUUAUGCAGCCCCAGGAGGCCGAAAUGGAAAGUGGCUCAAGUACGAGUACAUUGGGGAUUCUAAUGGCUUCAGGAUAACUUCAACGAAGGAAGUUACGCCUGAGGAAUUGAUGGAUGGUAAUGCGUCAGCUCAAGCCCACCAAGCCAACAUCAACAUCAACACCGAUCACGAUGCUCCAGUCAAGUACACCGUCACCGAGGACCAACUUAACGCCAAAGAUAAGCAAGUUAAGGCUAAGCAAUAAUGCUAUCGUCAGCCCGUCUUUCUAUACACUAGAAUUUUUUUAACUCACAGUAGACUAAAUAUAGUUUCUCAUCUCUUUACGUUUUCUUUUACUGAACUAAUGCAAAGGUUUUAAUUUUAGUCAAAACUUGAUAAUGUGCGUGUAAUGCAACCAUUUUAAAUUUCUGUGAUAAAUAAAAUACGCUACAUUUCUCAGCAAUUAUAA